CGGUCCGCGUGGGGGAGGUUCUCGCGCAGCCAGCGGAUUCAGGGCAGGUGCUGGCGCGCUUGCGGUGGGUUUUUCAGCGAGUCGGCCUCCCUUCCCGCCGGAUCAUGGCCACCGACUCGUGGGCCCUGGCAGUGGACGAGCAGGAAGCGGCUGUCAAGUCGAUGAGUAAUUUGCAAAUCAAGGAAGAAAAAGUCAAACCAGAUACCAAUGGUGUUAUUAAAACCAGUGCUACUGCAGAGAAAGCAGAAGAAGAGGAAAAAGAGGACAGAGCUGCCCAGUCCUUACUCAACAAGCUGAUCAGAAGCAACCUUGUGGAUAACACAAACCAGGUGGAAGUCCUGCAGCGAGAUCCAAACUCCCCACUCUACUCAGUGAAGUCUUUUGAGGAGCUUCGGCUGAAACCACAGCUUCUCCAGGGAGUCUAUGCCAUGGGCUUCAAUCGACCAUCCAAGAUACAAGAGAACGCAUUACCCAUGAUGCUUGCUGAGCCCCCACAGAACCUGAUUGCCCAAUCUCAGUCAGGUACUGGUAAAACAGCUGCCUUUGUCCUGGCCAUGCUCAGCCGAGUGGAACCAGCAGAGAGAUACCCUCAGUGUCUGUGCCUCUCCCCAACAUAUGAGCUGGCGCUUCAAACGGGAAAAGUGAUUGAGCAGAUGGGCAAAUUUCAUCCAGAACUAAAGCUUGCUUAUGCUGUUCGAGGCAAUAAAUUGGAAAGAGGUCAGAAGAUCAGUGAGCACAUUGUCAUUGGCACCCCUGGGACUGUUCUGGACUGGUGCUCCAAGCUCAAGUUCAUUGACCCCAAGAAGAUCAAGGUGUUUGUUCUGGAUGAGGCUGACGUGAUGAUAGCUACUCAGGGCCACCAAGAUCAGAGCAUCCGCAUCCAGAGGAUGCUGCCCAAGAACUGCCAGAUGCUGCUUUUCUCUGCCACCUUCGAAGACUCUGUAUGGAAAUUUGCCCAGAAAGUGGUCCCAGAUCCAAACAUUAUCAAACUCAAGCGUGAAGAGGAGACACUGGACACCAUCAAGCAGUAUUACGUCCUGUGCAAUAACAGAGAUGAGAAGUUCCAGGCCCUGUGUAACCUCUAUGGGGCCAUCACCAUCGCUCAGGCCAUGAUCUUCUGCCAUACCCGCAAAACAGCUAGCUGGCUGGCAGCAGAGCUCUCAAAAGAAGGCCACCAGGUGGCCCUGCUGAGUGGCGAAAUGAUGGUGGAGCAGAGGGCUGCGGUGAUUGAGCGCUUCCGAGAGGGCAAGGAGAAGGUGCUGGUGACCACCAACGUGUGUGCCCGAGGUAUUGAUGUCGAGCAGGUUUCUGUCGUCAUCAACUUUGACCUUCCCGUGGACAAGGACGGGAACCCGGACAACGAGACCUACCUGCACAGGAUCGGGCGCACGGGCCGCUUUGGCAAGAGGGGCCUGGCAGUGAACAUGGUUGACAGCAAGCACAGCAUGAACAUCCUCAACAGAAUCCAGGAGCAUUUUAAUAAGAAAAUAGAAAGAUUGGACACGGAUGAUUUGGAUGAGAUUGAGAAGAUAGCCAACUGAGAAGCUCCACCAGUCACCAGUGCCCACGCCUGGCACUCACUCCACCUGCACGGAAGACUAGUGCUUUCAUGGCACAGGCCUCAACAGUUACCACAAAGAGGAGGCAGAGGAGAGAGAAACUACCUACCUCAUUUUAAAUUACGUUUGGACUAGACAAAAAUUGUGCAAAUGAUGGGGGAAGGUAGAAAAAAAUUUUGCAUUUCGGAAAAUUUAGUGGUCCCGCCCCCACCCCCACCCUUUUAAGCCAUAGUUUUCCCUAUCUUUAUAAUAAUCUCGUUGCUAUGGGUAAUUGCUGAGCCCAGGAUUCCCUGCUUGUUUUGUUGCUGGGGUGAUAGGACCGUUCUCCUGUUCCUGAAGAAAUGGUAGAUGUAGAGAACAGGAGAGGCUCAACAGUGCAGGCUUGUGAGCCCCACUGCACGGUUGGAGUGUGGGCAACAGAGACGCAUGAGCUCUUCCCCUUCUCUGUCCCUGACCAGAGAGCUGCCACCAAUGUCUCCUGUCCUUGGGCCAUCCUCCUCCUAAAUCCAGAGAUGUUCUGAUCCCCCUUUACCUCCAUUCUCUGUGCCAGAGGAUGUCCCUGUUUCUCUCUGGGUGAGCAUCUUAGCUACUUCUAUAAACCUUCAGUUUGGAGAGAAACCUGGUGGUCAGUGAAUCUUCAGAGGGAUUGGUCUGGCAAGGGUAGAUGAGUCCUUUGAGAAUCUGGGCCUUCCUUUUCCUAUAGUUGCUGUGUCUGUUCAGGCACUGGUGGUCAUGGCAGCCAGGUGACACCAGGUGAGUUUCUGACACUCACCUGGCCACGUGAGUUGGAUCUUAUCCAUGGGGUGUCACACUGUGCCUAGAGGCAAGCAGCAGAGUUUGGAAGGGAAGUUAUGACCAAGUGAAAACACUGAUAAUGCUCUUUAUCUGUGAUAGUGGACCUAUUGGUUAUUUCAUUCAUCUGUACAAAUAAGGACAGAUAAAUUCGAGCUAUACCCAUCAUUCAUUAUGUUCAGAAAUUUUAAAGUGAUUAUGAAAGGCUUUACUAAUCAUGAUUCAUUUUUAUUUGUAUUUUUCUGCUUAUUAGACUAAUAUAUGCUCAUUAAAAAAGUGUGUGUGUGUGUUUGUAUACACAUACAUAAGGUGCAAGUGCUCUCAAUCCCCACCUCUCUGAGAUCACCAUUGCUAGCAUUUUGGUGAAUAUACAAUAGAUUUGUUUACAUAUCCACUUUUUUACAAAAAUGUGAACAUUCUGUUCAUAACUCUUGUGCGACCUGCCUUUUCACGUGGCAUAUCUUGGACGUGUAAUGUGUCCAGCACACAGACACACAUCACUCAUGACAAUGGCAUCAUUCUAGCAUUAGCUGCCCCAGUAUUUAGUUCAUGGCCUCUCUAGUACAAGCAUGGGAGAUGGCCACAGUGCCGCAGCAUGCAGGCUCACUCACCUCUGCCCUAGGAAAGUAGCUGUAGGAUCUAUUCCUGGAAGUACAGGUGCUGGGGUAGAGAGUGGAAACAUUUAUGGGUUUUGUUGUUGUUUUUAACAUUUAUGUUUUUAAUCCAUUCCCAACUUAACUUGCCAAAAAUUUUUUUAUCAAUUUACAUUAUUGUAGUGAUACAAAAAUACCUUCUUUCUCUUUUUUAAAGAUUUUUUACUUAUUAAUUUUGAGAGAGCGAGAACAUGAGUAGGGGGAAGGGCAGAAGAGGAAGAAGCAGACUCCUUGCUGAGCAGGGAGCCUGACUUGGGGCUCCAUCCCAGAACCCCAAGAUCAUGACCUGAGCCAAAGGCAGAUAUUUAACCAACUGAGCCACCCAGGCACCGCCCCCCCAAAAUGCCCAUUUUCUUACUUGCUUGCCAAUCUUCUCUAUUACCAAUUUUUACAAAUUUGCAAGUUGAAAAAUGAAAUUGUUGCAUUAUAUUUAGUGAGGUUUGGCAAAUUUUCAGUUUAUUGGAUAUUUGCAUUUUUUGUCUUUUGGGUGCUGCCCAUUCUUGCCUCCUCAUUUUACUAUUGGGUUGUCCUUAAUGAUUUUAAUCCUCUGCAAUUUUAAAGAAAUUAGACUUUAUCUUGAAUGGUGGAUGUUCUCCUAGUUUGUCUCUACAAACUCAUUUUUCAUAAUAUUAUUUAAAAGUUUAAUGUUACUCAGUUUCUCAGUUUUCAUUUUAAAGAAAUCUGGAUUUAUGUCAUGGCUAGGAAAGUUUCUCAUCCCAGUAUCAUAAACCCCAGUUUAUCCUGUACUCAUCCCAGUAUUAUAAAUUAUUUACUCAUGUUUCCUAUAGUGGCAAUUCUUGAAGAGUAGAUUUUCUAAGUUCUUGUAUGUCUUUAAAUGUUUUUCCGGACUUAUUUGCUGCAAGUGAUUAUUAUGGCUGUCUCAAGAACAAGUGGGUGGCAGAGCUGUGGGUGUGGGCUGGAUUCCCUGCCACUAAGGGGGUGAGCAUACAAAGGGUCCAUUGGGAACAGAUGUGAGUGAAUGAAAGGCCGGGUGUCCAUGCAGGUGUCACCAGGGGAAAGAGUGCCUGCAAGUGUGUGAGGGGUGGAUGCAAGCGGGAGGUGGCAAAGGGGUUUGGAGAAGAAAGGUGGGCGAGAAGGGGACCCAGAUUCCAGAGAGAU